GGUUAGACUGUGGUGGUCCUGUGGUGCUGGUGAAUAAGUGAAAUAAUAUAUUUUUUUCUGCGUGCGCCUGAUAUAUCCUGAUCCUUGCAAGCGGAUUGCAAUACAGUCUUCAAUCAAACAAGUAGCCAGGACCGGAAACAAGUGUCCUGCGUUCAUCGGGCGAGUGUUUAUUUUUCACCCCCCCAAAAGUACAAGCGUUCGAGCGAGCAUUUCUGGGUUGAGGGCUGGGAACUCUCAACUCAAUCCGGCGCGUUUCCUAAAGCGUUAAAAUUUCAUUAGAAUUAAACGGUGAAUUUAUCUCACUUUCAAGAUGGCACAUGCAAUUGAAUUCGUCAACGAAUGCCGCUCAUGGCGAGAAAGCGAUCUGUCUACGGCGUCCGUCGCCUACCGUAGCGCAGCUGGAAGACCAUCGCGAGGAAAGCAUCAACUUUUACGGAGGCCUAGUUCAACGGAGUCAUCGGGAAGCCAACUUUUCGCCACAGGAAUCAUCGCUCGCCGGUACGCCGUGCGAACUGCCGCUGCACGACGAUACGUCCUGCUUGGCACCGCGCCGGCUGGACACGGCACCGAGCGGCAAGGAGGGGGCGGGCGUCGGCGUGUGCUCGCCGUUCCUGUCGCUCGCGGCGGUGGAGGACGAUACGUCCUGGAUGAAUACCACGACGACGAUGGUGGACAGCAGCAGCUGUACCCCGUCUACACCUAUCGACUGGUGGAAGGUCGACGGCAGCAUGUUCAUGGACGAGGGGGGCACACAUCACAUGGCGGAGCUCAAGGCGGCAUUGGCGACGGCGCAAGGCAGCUGCAACAGCAGCAGCGACUCAACAGGUGAACGCUUUCCUCUGAACGCGCGCAAGACAGCAUCAGCGGAUGUCUGCCGGCUUGAACUUGACAAAUCCCCCAGAAGAAGAAGCUUCGGCGGUGCGGAAACAAGCGUAACUGUACACGGCGUAUGUAAUAAGACCAUCAACGGAGGCAGCGGCGGCGGCGGCGGCGGCGGCAGCGGCAACAGCGGCAACAGCGGCAAGUUUUCCAACGCAGAACCAAUUGGCUCAGCGAUGACGUCACCUCCAGCACCUCCAGCGAGCGGCUGCAGCGGUAGCGGGACUGUUGCAGCUGGUACAACGGCAGCUACUGGCACAAUAGCGCAGCAGCUGCACCACCAGAGAACUCUUAAAACCCAACGUGACCACAGUAGCAUUAGAAAUAGCGGUAAUAACAGCAGUACUAGCGGCAGAAGUGGCAGACAGCAAACGAACAUUGCAGUUGUCGGUGGAAACAUACAUCUCGUAGCCCACGACGACGGAUGCCAUCAGUUUUUGUCUGUCCCUUCCACCGCCAACCACGACGACGACGACGACGACGACGAACUAUCUUCUCUUACGACACCCCUCUUCCUGCCCGAGGUCGACUGGACCAACGAGACGUGCAUCGGCGGCGGGCUGGACUUUUCCAGCUCCAUCGUCGUCAGCUCGUCGGACGAGCAGCGCCUUCUAGAGCAACAACAACAUCAACAGAAGCAGCAACUAGACGAUCAACAUCAACACCUGUGGAUUAGCUCCCCAGCCAGCAGCAGCAGCAAUAUCACGGAUUCGGAGCUAGAGCGCCGGCUUGAGGAAUACGACUAUAGGGCCACGCGGGAGGACGGCCAGCAGCAACAUCUUCUUUCGAUUUCUCAGCUAGGGCUACCGCAGCUCGAUGGCAACAACAGUAGUAGUGUCAGUGUUGGAGGAGCAACUUCUUCUACCAUGGAGCAGACGGUUGACUGCAACAAUCUGCUGCUGACGGGGGGAAAGGCGAAGGAGGUAGGAGAACCACAGCCGGCGACGAUCUUCAUCACGGGUUCGCCCGUUUCGUUGCACGAGGAGAUCGAGCAGCUGUCCAGUGGGUUCGAUUGUGACGCCACCAACCACCUAGUAUCAACCGGCCCCUCGGCCGCACAACUCUCCUUCAUCGUUGACGACGAGCCGGAUCAUUUCCAGCAGCAGCAGCACGGUUCCGGUGCGGACUCGCUUUCGCUUAACAUUUUCAAAUGGCUGCAGGAAGAUAUUUCCUCCAGCAUUCUCGUUGACAAGCAGCAAACAUCAUCAUCAGCAGCAGCAAACACAAACCUGCUCGAAGCUGUAGACGUACCCAGUAGCGUAUCGUACCUGCUCGCCAACGACAGUACCGAAAUAUCUUUCUCCCCUUCCCCUGCCUCCAACCACCUCCUGCAACAGCCCGUGUUGGAAGAACCGUUUGAAAAUAGUCUCGAUCAGAUACAAACGCUUCACCGCACAACACCGGUCUCGGGCGCCGGCGGCGGCCAUAAAACAGCGAUCAAGAGCGAACCAUCCUUCGUCCUAGUGAAGGGCAAUAAUUCACACACUACUACUACCGCUGAGACGACAACGACGACGACGACGACAAACACGAGUGCGGUCAAUCCACAGUACGAUCACAACUAUUCCACCAUAAAACGUCGUAACCAGGACAGUGGCGAUCAGGCACACAACCACCUGAAGCCGAAAAUGCUCAAACUAUCAAACGACCACCAACAGGAAGGACAGCAGACAACCAGCAGACAUACAGCUGCAAAGGAUAGUACGACGGUGAAGGUAACGGCGAGGAGCACGGAAGACAGCUAUUGGCGCACUGUUCAACCGGGUAUUGCGGCAACGCAAACAACCGUGAAUACCAACGCCGCUAGCUCCACCGCCACCACCACCAAGAACAAAUUAUCGGUCGCCCACCGGAAGGCGCCAACGUUGAAGGUACACCUUGGUGGAGGCGCCCAACCACCGACCAUACUUUCCAUGCAAGAUCCUUUCCUGCUACUCAACAAAACGCUACAUCCAACGACGACGACGACGACGACGACGGGCACGACCAACAUCUUCGGCCACCUCCACCACCGCAUGCCACCGCAAGCAACCCUCAACACGCCCGAUUUAACAAAUGACAUUUUGGAUUUGGAAGAUGAAAAGUUUGAUCUUCUCUCGUUCAUCGAUACCAAUGACGAUUCGUUAGAUCUGAACAAGUACAAUUCAGUCGUAGAUGAAAAACCAACGCUCGACGAUGUCCUCCCAUCUGCAUCGCGUAAGGAAGAGGAAGAGGAAACAGAACAGAAGGCAGAUACAGCAAAUAGCGGUGCAAAUAGCAGCACCAGCACCGGCAGCAGGAGCAGCAGCAACAGCGUCAAGGAUAGUACGGAGAUAAAAAUCCCCCAGCCGCUAACGCUCGACAGUUUGCGUCAGCUCACAGCCAGCACGGAAGAGUCGCAGGCUUCCACCUCCUCGCCAUCGGGGCGUUACCGCGCUCAACAUCACCAUCUCAGUCAGUACGGCGGCAGCAACAGCAACUGCAGCAUUGGCUCCCGCUCAUCCGCGUCGUCCGUGUGCGGCGAUUCGGAUGUGUCCUCGAACACCACAACGACGCAAACGCCGAAGCGUCGCGGCCGGCCACCGAAGGCGGUCGGCACGGUGCGGGACCGUUCGCAGUACGAGCAUCUGAGCGAGGCGGACUGGCGCUACCGGGAGCAGCGGGACAAGAACAACGAGGCGUCGCGCAAGUCGCGCAUCAACCGGAAGGAUAGGGAGCUAAAGCUCGAGUCGGAGGCGGACCGGUUGAACAUGCAGCACCAGAAACUGUCGUACGAGGAGCGCCGGUUGCAGCGCGACUGCCAGAAGUGGCGCAAGGCCGUUAUGAAGCUAGCACUGCUGUAAAGCGAAGCGGGGGGGAGAGGGAGGGUAGCAUUAUGCUGCAGCAUAAUUUUAACGUAACCAUAAUUAAGGCUUCCCACAUGUAUAAGUAUUUUUUGUUCGUCUUUUUCGUAUUUUCAAAAGUCGCAUUUCUCACCUUAUGACUCAAUGGAUGCAAUCUUCUUCUUUUGGCGUAACCGAGCGUCUUCGCUCGUGCCUGCCCCAUUAAGGGCUUGCUGGACUAUUUCCCUUUGGAAAGUAGUACGUGCGUGGAUAGUCUAUGCUAGAUUACUAGCAAUUGUUUAAUGCAUUACUUUACAGCAUAUUUUUCUUGCAUUAAAUAUCCCUUUGCCUAUCGACCGAGCAAGCAUUAUAAUGAUUUAGACUAUCCAUCCAUAUUUUACACAAACCCCUCUCUAUUGUUUUUAAAUUUGAAACAAGUAAGAAAUUUUAUAAAUUGUUAUUGCUUUAAGUUUUGUCCAUUCACGUUGAGGAAGAUGAAACUUCCUCUUUUUAUAUUCAAUGUUGUCGAAAAUUACUUUCUAAUGUCAAGCAUUAUAAUUAAAUAUAAAGUUCAUGCUUGUCAAUCAAAUAUCCUACUCUAUCAUGUUUUGAGUACAAUGGCACGAAUUUG